AUGCCAUUCAGGUGCUUCCAAAAACACAACUUUACCAAAGCUAGGCUCUCCGAUUCCUUAAACAGCCGGCGCUGGAGGUUCUUGCAAAGCGGCCCGGAUGACCUCAGAGCUGGCCUCCCUCCUCUAAGUGACAGCAUUAUCACUGAGCCCAGAAAGGGUCCCGUCCCGGUUCUUCUCUGCAGCAGAUCUGAGGCUCUGCGCAAGACUCAGCCAAGAUCCAAAAAGACGGCACUCAAGUCCCAGAGCCGCACCUGCAAACUCGGUCAGAUGCGGCAGGCCAGGAAGGAGAUGGUCACUCAGACCGAGUACUGCCUCAGCCGACACCCGUUGGCUCUCUAUCCUCACCUGGCGGAAAGUAUCUCUCCGGAGCUUUUCCGAGAGGUCGUGGGUAUCCUGGAUCCUGAGAUGCUUCCGCUCAGUGAAGAAGAGAAGGCUGAUAUGGAACAGGAGUGCCUGGCUUUGUCUGGGAUACAGUCUUGGUUGGAGGGUAAAGGGAAAAGAAAGACAAAGCCCAAGAGGUCGCAUAAGGGCAAGGAUCUGAAAGUCAAGGACCCUUACACGUGGUUCUCCAAACAAGAAGUGGCAAAAAGAGAAAGGGAAGCCAGGCUGAAUUACAUUCCUCCCCUCGACGACAGCGUAAAGGAAGCCACGAAGGAGUUUUGCAGAUGGUUUGAUUCUCUGGGAGGAGAGAAAUAUAACAUCGACGAAGCCAGCAUUAUAAGCCUUUUUGACUCACAUUAUGAAACCAGACCCCCCGUCUCUGUUCCUAUACAUGUGGUGGAGCUGAACAAUUUGCCAUCUGAGCUGAGGAAAUACUUGGGGAUGCCACUUUCCCAAGACCCCAUGAAGAAACCUGCUCCACAAGGAAGCCAGUGUAAGGAACUUCACCAACCCAAGAGGGAGAAGAUCAGAUAUGGCGCAUGGUAUCUGGACCCAAGGACGUGGAAAAAGCAGAAAGCCAAAGAACCUUUAGAAGAUCCACAGCUGAAGGCUACAAGCAUCAAGAAUGCAAGGCAGAUAUUAGGUGAAAAGGAUGCUGAGAUCACGCAACUUUAUGGAACCCACGCUUUUAAGAAAUUCCUGGAAAGGAAAGGCUACCACGUCCCAGAGUUCCUGGAACAGAUGCUAGCUGUCCAGAAUGCUCUAGGACCCCAAACCAGAGCUGUGAAGGACUCCAAGAAUAAAUUUCAGAAACGCAAGGAGCUCCAAGAAAACACAUCCUCAGAUACUGCGAACGAAUGA